AUACUAAAGGAAAUCUCCGGCGAGGUCCUCCCCGGAGAAAUGCUAGCAAUGAUGGGCCCUUCUGGCAGUGGCAAGACAACUCUCCUCACAACUCUGGCCGGCCGGCGAUCCUCCUCUUCCAUCAUCAUGACCGGCUCCAUCACCUACAACAACACCCCCUUCUCCAGCUCCCUCAACCGUCUCACCGGCUUUGUCACUCAAGAUGACAUCCUCUACCCCCAUCUCACCGUCUUUGAAACUCUCCUCUACACUGCACUCCUUCGUCUUCCCAAAUCAAUCAACAAACAGCAAAAAGUAAGUCAUGUCGAGACGAUAAUCACUCAAUUCGGCCUCGUCAAUUGCCGUGAUAACAUCAUCGGCGAUCACUAUCUCCGGGGCAUCUCCGGUGGUGAGAGGAAGCGUGUGAGUAUAGGCCAAGAAGUCCUUAUUGAUCCUAGUCUUCUAUUUCUUGACGAGCCAACAUCUGGUCUAGACUCGACGACGGCGCAAAGGAUUGUGUCGGUCGUCGGAGAACUGGCCAAUCAGGGAAAGACAGUGGUGAUGACGAUACACCAGCCGUCGAGUUCUUUGUUCUAUAUGUUUCACAAGGUGUUGAUAUUGUGUGAAGGAUGUCCUCUUUAUUUUGGCAAGCAAUCCGAAGUUAUGAACUAUUUCUCUAGCAUUGGCUACUCACCUUCAGUUGCUAUGAAUCCUGCUGACUUCCUUCUUGAUAUAGCUAACGGAAUAGUUAUGGGACAGCUGCAUGGGAGUGAGGUGGAAGUGAAAGAAGAGUUGGUGAAUGCUUAUAAUGAAAAUUUGAGAGAGAAGAUUAAGGAGGAGAUUAGAGGGAAAGGUGAGGAGAAAAGAUUAGAAGAGAAGAUGGGAGUAUUGAAGUCUAAUAAUCAAAAGUGGAACACCAGUUGGUGGGAUCAGUUCACUGUGUUGAUUAGAAGAGAUUUGAAAGAAAGAAGACAUGAAGCUUUCUCUUCUUUCACUGUUUUCCAAGUAUUGAUUCUUUCCUUCAUCUCUGGAGCUCUCUGGUGGAAAUCCAAGUCUCUUCAAGACCAGACAGGGUUGUUGUUCUUUGUGACUGGAUUUUGGGGAUCAUUCCCUUUGUUCCAAGCAAUAUUCAAAUUCCCACAAGAGAGACUGAUGCUGAUGAAGGAGAGAAGAUCAGGAAUGUACAGGCUCUCAUCAUACUUCAUGGCAAGAAUAAUUGUGGACUUGCCAAUGGAGCUCAUCCUCCCAACUGUUUCAACUGCCAUUGUUUACUGGAUGUGUGGCCUUAAACCAAUGCCAACCAACUUCUUCAUCUAUCUUUCAGUUGUAUUUCUUUGCGCUCUUGUUACUCAGGGCGUCGGCUUCGCGAUCGGCGCAGCCGUUAUGGACUUUAAGGUGGCGACAAUGCUCGCAUCGGUGAUCAUGCUCACAUUCUUGCUGGCCGGAGGUUUCUUUGUGCAACAUGUGCCCAUAUUCAUUGCAUGGAUAAAAUACAUCUCUUAUAUAUAUUAUACGUUCAAGUUGCUUCUUGGUUCACAGUAUAAAGAAUAUGAUACAUAUGAGUGUGGGAACAAGAUGAUGAGUUGCAGAGUUGAUGAGAUUCCUAUAAUUAAGGUUGUAGGAUUGGAUCAUCAGGGUUUGGCUCUUGGAGUUAUGUUAUUCAUGUUCAUGUUUUACAGGUUGAUUGCUUAUGUUGCUUUGAUGAGAGUUGCAGUUGCAGAGUAA